CGUGCCAUAGAGUCGCUUGCGCUUUUUCGUGAGUGUGCCCGAGUGUGGUACGAGUGUACAGUAUCCGGGAAGUCUGAUGCAACUAAACGGACAAAAAAUCCCAACCUCUCUCUACACAGACUACUUUCCAACCGCGAAGAGGAGCAGCAAAGGAGCAGUUGGAGGUGCCGUCUGAUGACUGGAGCCUGAUCUUCCCUUCCUCCACAGGACCUGAGUGCUCACCUCCGCCAGUCUUCCAGUCUUCCACCUCCUCUCCCUCCAGACUUCUUCAGUUCAUUCACUCCUAGGUCUAAAUAUACUGCAGCAUCACCUCUGUCUGGAUUCCCCACGAUCGUCUGCUUCCUGAUUGGCUGAAAUUGCACCCAGCUGUGGUUACUGAUUGGUUCCUCCGGAGAGACCCACUUGGAGUUGCUGGGCGGGUUUUCAGAGUUGGGGUUUUGUUUACAGUGGGAGGUGGUCCGGGGGGGCGCGAUACCGUUGUUGCUGUGGUUACGCAUCACUAAUUGAAGAAGGAUGGAGGCGCCGUUCGCCAUGGGGAUGGCUGCCAAGCUGCGCAAUCGCUGGGACCGUAACGAGGGCCUGGGCCAGAACCACAACGCCGUCAAGUUCCAGGGCCAGGACUUCGAGUCGCUGCGGGCCCGCUGCCUCCAGACGAGGACGCUGUUCGAGGACCCGCUCUUCCCGACGCAGCCUUCUUCGCUGGGCUUCAACGAGCUGGGGCCGCGCUCCUCCAAGACCCAGGGCACACGGUGGAUUCGACCCCCGGAGAUAUGCUCUCGGCCCCAGUUCAUCAUGGAUGGAGCCACGCGCACAGACAUCUGCCAGGGAGCACUGGGUGACUGCUGGUUGCUGGCGGCCAUUGCGUCUCUGACUCUGAAUGAUAACCUCCUGCACCGCGUCGUGCCUCAUGGCCAGAGCUUCACCAGCGGAUACGCCGGAAUAUUCCACUUCCAGUUUUGGCAGUUCGGCGAGUGGGUGGAGGUGGUGAUUGACGACAGGCUGCCGGUGAAGGAUGGGAAGCUGCUGUUUGUGCACUCGGCCGAGGGAGGGGAGUUCUGGAGCGCCCUGCUGGAGAAGGCCUACGCCAAACUGAAUGGCUGCUAUGAGGCUCUGUCAGGCGGCAGCACAUCGGAGGGCUUUGAGGACUUCACGGGCGGCGUGACGGAGAUGUUCGAGCUGCGCAAGGCUCCCUCCGACCUCUACAGCAUCAUGGGUCGAGCCAUCGAGAGGGGCUCCCUCCUGGGCUGCUCCAUAGACAUCACCAGCAAUCGGGACAUGGAGGCUGUGACCUUCAAGAAGCUGGUGAAAGGUCACGCCUACUCGGUGACAGCUGUGGACGAGGUGGUGUACAGGGGUAAUAUGACUAAACUGGUGCGGAUCCGUAACCCUUGGGGAGAGGUGGAGUGGACUGGAGCCUGGAGUGACAACUCAAGGGAAUGGGAGAGUGUGGACCGGUCAGUCAGGGGCCGGCUACAGAACCGCAGUGAGGAUGGAGAGUUCUGGAUGUCGUUCAGCGAUUUCUUGCGAGAGUUCUCUCGUCUUGAGAUCUGCAACCUGACGGCGGACGCUCUGCAGGCGUCUAACCUGAAGAAGUGGAGCACGUCGCUCUACCAGGGCGAGUGGAGGAGGGGCAGCACUGCGGGCGGAUGCAGGAACUUCCCAGCCACCUUCUGGAUCAACCCACAGUUCAAGGUCGCACUGCAGCACCCGGAUGUGGCCGGCCAAUCAGAUUGCAGCUUCCUGGUGGCUCUCAUGCAGAAAGAUCGCCGAAAGAAGCGGAGGGAGGGCAAAGACAUGGAGACCAUUGGAUUCGCCGUCUAUGAGGUCCCAGAUCAGUUCCGGGGUCGUUCGGGAGUGCACCUGAAGCGCGACUAUUUCCUGACGAACGCGUCGAGUGCCCGCUCCGAGCUCUUCAUCAACCUGCGCGAGGUCAGCUCUCGCUGCCGGCUGCCCGCUGGCGAGUACAUCAUAGUGCCCUCCACGUUCGAGCCCAACAAGGAGGCCGACUUCGUCCUCAGGGUCUUCUCAGAGAAGCCUGCCAACUCCGAAGAGCUGGAUGACAACGUCGUUGCAGACCUUCCUACUGAGACCAAGUUGGAUGAAAGUCAGAUUGAUUCAGGAUUCAAGAGCUUAUUCAGACAGCUAGCUGGCUCGGACAUGGAGAUAAGUGUCAAAGAACUUCAAACCAUUCUCAACCGUAUAAUCGGCAAACAUAAAGACCUGAAGACUGAUGGCUUCACUGAAGAGGCCUGUCGUAGUAUGAUCAACCUGAUGGAUACUGAUGGCAGUGGAAAGUUGGGAUUGACAGAGUUCCAUGUGUUGUGGGAGAAGAUCAAACGCUAUCUGACGGUCUUCAGACAGUUUGACCUGGACAAGUCUGGCACCAUGAGCUCCUAUGAAAUGCGCAUGGCCCUGGAGUCUGCAGGCUUCAAACUGACCAAUCACCUGUUCCAGCUUAUCAUCCUGCGCUACACAGAAGAGGAUCUGUCGGUUGACUUUGACAACUUUGUCACCUGUUUGAUCCGCCUGGAGACCAUGUUCAAAACGUUUAAGACGAUGGACACAGACUCUGAUGGGGUCAUAUCCCUCAAUUUCUUUCAGUGGAUCUCCCUCACUAUGUUCGCCUAGAGAGGCUGCAUGUUGGCUGAAGAUUCUGAGCCUCAGUCCAUCACCCUGCGCCCCCCCGACCCACCCCAGCCCACCCGUAUACCAGCGGUGCCUUAAUGUCUUACCCCCCCCCCCAGACCGGUGGUGGGACUUCGGGCCAGACUGCUUUUACUUUUUAACCUCUUCCCUCCCACUGUGGGUUCCUGUUUACAAGAUUUAGCAAGUGUAUGUGCCAAAUAGUGCACUGCGUCCUACUACAAUCAUCGCCAUUUUGACAAGGAAGGACUUCAGUGUUGCUACCGCGAGACUGCCAUGUGGAAGUGGUUGUUCCUAGUCGUAGCCUAAAACAUUAUUGUCCAACUGCAUAAACACUAUGCAGAUUAGAGAGAUAACAGCAUUAUACUAGGUAACAUCAACUGAUGAAAUGACAUAUUAAGUGUUGGUGACAGAUUGCCAAAUCAACAAUUUUAAGUUUUAUUCUGUAUUGUCUGGUCUACAGGUAUUCUCAAUACCAAAGGCAGAGUUUUCUCUCGGGGCAAAAUGCAAAUUAUGUGGAUAUGCUUGCCAUUUUGGUGCAACAGAGUUUAAAACUCAGCAUUCACAAUCAUGGAUAUUGCUUACAUGCUACUUUAUGGAGGUUUUGCCUUUGCUGCCUCAUGAGUGCCAAGUCUUUUUACAUCUCAGCAUCUUAUACAGAACCACUGACUGCCAAAAAAAUGAAAUCUUAGGAUCUAUUCACACCAGAGUCCUGGUUUAGAUGACCAUAGACCUCUACAAAGUUAUUGGGUCAAGCAAGCUUUAGAUAUUCUUUGGGGGGAUACAUGUUUACACCAUCACAGUACAACUUUAAAGCUACGGUGGACCCUUUCAGUUACUUACUUUUUCUCUGUCUCAGCCAGCCAUUUGUGUAGCCAACUGAAUUGAGAAUAUGUAUAUCCGGUCAGGAAAGUUUUUUUCCUUUGAUAAUACAUUACAAACAUAUUGCAUCACUGUUUGAGGACUCAUUCGCAGAAGUCACUCUUUCUAUACUGCCCGCUUUUAAUGUCAGUGGCCAAUCAUCACUUAAUUACGAUGUCAGUUAUGUCACAAGUCAGUUGACAUUUCCUGCAUGGAAACGAAAAUUAAAGAUUUUACAUCAUACACACGGUGCUGAUGUUGCACUGCACUGCAUGUUGAGUUUGUUUUUGUACAAAAGGAACUUUUAGGGGGGAAGGGGCAAUACGUCAUUGGUGGGUGUUGGGAGAGGCUGUUUUUAAAUACUUCUAAUAACCUAACAAAAAAGAGUAUGCUUGUCUUAUCUGCCAACUUUUAUGACCACCAAGAUUGUGUAAGCAGAGGAUCAACAAUAUGUGGGAACAACAGCACAUGUGCCGAAAAGUGAUGCCAAAAAAGGGACAUGCAUAAUAGUGUGCAGUGGGUUUCCUAAGGGUGCAUAGAUAUUCCUAGAAUAAGGAAAAUGGCCAAAAUGUUAUGUUUACGCAACAUGUCAUAAGCACCUUAGGUGCUAACCAACCAACCUUGUUUAAUUGUGAAAUGUUGCUUGCUGUCACUUCAUUGUAGUCUCUAUACUGAAUUGAUUUUUAUUAUGCAGGCUGCACUUUUUUUCUGUCAACAUUGUUGAAUAAAUACAUUUUUAAAUUGA